GAUAGAAUAAAGCAAGCACCUCAUAUAGACUGCAUUUGGAUUUUGGCAUAUCCAGCGAAAACAACUACGUCACACACAUUACCAAAAACACACGUACGCACGCACGCACGCACACCCAUAUAAGCACCACCGGCGUCUAACCAUAAUAACUAACUGACAAUGGAUGACAAACAUCGCAAACUUAUAAUUGACAACAUUGAACGUCUGAUCAAUCACACUAAAUUCGAGGAAUUGUCCCAUGCAUGUAUGGUCACUGGGCUGUUGAGUCCGGUAAUGUUAGAGAAUGUAAAUCGCAUUGAAUUUUCCGACACCAUAAAGCCAAUGACCGAAAAUGAAAUCAAGCAUGAACGCCACAAUAGACUCUUUAAGAAAAUAACAAAACGUGGGCCAGAUGCUUUUGCCAAGUUACGUCAAAUUUUUUCUGACCUAAAGUACGACAGUGCCUUGGGCAUACUGGUGGGAGAUGAUCCAUACAUAUCGAUACACAGCAAUAAGAUGCCAAUACCAAUGGCACAGCCAUCUGCAGUGAAAAGCAAUCCCAACGACAAUGGCAAUCUAAAUAAUAAUAUUAGCAAUGAAACUAGGUGCAGUAGUUUUAGUAAAGACGAGGAUAACCGCGAUAGCCCCUAUGAACAGAGGGAUCGCAGAAGAAGCAGCGCAAAAUCAUUGAACAGUGAAACAACUUUGAAGGAAUACUCUGGCGAAAUAAGACCCAAAGAAUACUUUGAUGUUACAAAAUCCAAGACAAUUUUGAAACAUGCAAGCAUAGACACAUAUCCUAUGCAAACGAAAAAUCAUCGUGGUGUCUUCUUCAUGGUGAACAUGAUUGAUUUCUUGAGAGAAGAUCGCCGCGAUGGUGCUGAGAUAGACACACAUUCCCUGUUGCAUCUUUUCAAAGAAUUAGGCUUCAAGUUGUUCUCAUACACAAAUCUAUCGCACGAUGUCUUCUUCAAUAUACUGCGAGAACUGCUGUCAUCGGAGUACACGAAAAAUGCUGAAUGCUUUGUAAUGGCCUUAAUGACGCACGGCAACAUGGACGAGAACGAACAGCGCAUCACAUUUAGCGAUGGCUCUGUGGUCAAAGUGCGCGAAAUAGAAGCGUGCUUCCAUCAUCAUGUCUGUAAAAAUUUAGUCGAUAAGCCGAAAAUAUUUCUAUUUCCAUUUUGUCGAGGCGACAUGUCCGAACGUGGUGUGGUCAAUGAGAGAAUUCAGGUCGAUAGCACCAGUUUUUACAAUCACAAAAUCAAUAACAUACCCCAGCUGUCAGAUUUGAUUGUGUGCUAUGCCACCUCAGAGGGUUUCAAGGCACAUCGGGAUCCACAAAAAGGCUCCUGGUACAUACAAUGUUUUGUGAAGAAUAUGGCAAAAAAUGCCCAUGACACAUCGUUCGAUGAUAUUCUAAAAAUUAUUCAAUCCGAGACAUCCAAACUGCGCACUGAGGAGGGACAACUGCAGACUGCCAAUUUUGUUAAUAAGAGCUUCAACAAAGCCCUCUACUUUAACCCGGGCUAUUGGUUGGACUAGAAGAGUUGGUCUUUCCAUUUCUAGUUUUAAUACUAUUGCAUAGAAACGUAGAUUAAUUAUUUUUACACUCUUCAAAUUUGUAUGCUUUUUUUAUACUCCUCUAUGCCCCAAGGCAUUUGUUUAAUUUUAUAAAUUAUGAAUAUAGUUGAAGAAAAACAUGACUACGUCCGGUGGCAUAUAUAUGUUCUGGUGCUUCUGUGUCAUGCCGUGUUUGGAUGCAAUGCAAUACCGAUGUUGGCGUCUCUGCAUAUUUUUUUUCAAUAUGGCCAGAUGGAUGACACGGAAAGGUAUUGUAAGCGGAAAUGUUCUAUUCCCGCAUUGUGAAUCGUUUACAUCAUUUUUUUUUUGUAUUACCUAAUAAGUACAAGUAGUAUCGAUGCAAGUGAUAGACUCUCUUAUAUAUGUAUGCAAUAUUUUAUUAUAAUACAAAUAUAUUUAUGUAUGUUACAUAUUGUACAUGCAUGCAUUAUUAA